AUGAUGAUGAAAGGUCCGUAUAGCCCUCGACCGAGCGAAGACACGUCCAAUGCUUUGCACGGUCUGCCACAGCUCAACCUUCAUAGACCCUCAGAGUGUCGGAAUAGCAUUCAACCCAUCUCGGUUGUAUGGCGACAUAGCACUCCUUCGAGGCACUAUAAGAGAGUAGCAGAAUGUGUUAGCGCUGCGGAGAACUCGGUGACAGAGGCACGAAUGUCUGCUGAUGCCGCCCCUUCCUCCAAAGUGCCGCUGCCACUCAUUUCCAUUGAGCCACCCAAGCUGGUGAUCACUGUCUCAGAUCCGGAUUCGGGCAGAAGAGUGUCUCACAAGAUAUCCCUCGCUUUCUGCGACGCAGUGCCUUGCGUCCUCACAGGCACAAAUAUAGUGGCUCUUGACCCUGAUUGCACGCCUUCGAUACCUGCGCAAGGCAAGUUGGGAGUUCUUUUAGCGAAAGCUCCCACAAAGAGCAAAGACCUCAGAGCAACGAUGACGUCUGGCAACGGCGCCGAGGACAAGUACGCGGUAGCUUCCCAGCUUUGGCUUGUUUAUGCCGAUACUUGCAGUCCACGACAGCUGCAGCAGAUUUUGCUCCAAAUGAGCUUGCAGGGUGCCAUUUUGCACAACAUUACACCUCGAUGGAUGAUCUCUCCUUCUCCCCUACGACAGGGCUUCUAUGGACUCCUCGUGGCGGGGAAGGCGGUGAAACCUGCUGAGCAGGAACCCGCGCAGGAGAUAACCAUGAAAAUCCCUGGCAAGGUGAGAGUGGCGGAUCUUUACAACGAGGUCAAGAUGUCCUUGGCAGUGAAGGGCCACGAGAAUGUUGCAGAUUUUAGGGGUAUCUUCUACAUGGACGCCACCGAAUGCAAGCAUGUUGCCGAAGCUUUGAAUCCAGCAAUGGCAUGCAACAUGGCCACCUAUCACUCAGAAAUUGCGCUGGUAUUCAGCAGCAUAGAGGGAGUUUCGUUGCAUUCAUGGACGCGCAACGAACACGGGCUUUCAGAAGCUUGUGCACUCCAUGCCUUGAAGGGAAUUGGCGAAGCGCUGCGCCACAUCCACUCACUUGGCAUUGUUCAUUCGAACGUGAACCCGGAAAGCAUUUUUAUUAAGACUGACGGCGAGUCAGUGCUUGCAGACUUUGGUUAUGCAGUCCAUUUGCUGGAUGGGAAUCUGCCAAUGGGUUUUGGCCCUGUGCCUCCACAAUACUCUGCUCCAGAGCAGGUGGAAGAUGCGUUUGGCUACGGUCCUCCUGCUGACAUUUUUGCUUUGGGUGGUUGCUUGUAUUUUGCCCUGAGCGACCUCAUGCCAUUCAAAGGAAAAAGCAGCCACUUGGUUUUUCUCUAG